AUGUCAGAGGCAGGCAAAAUCCUGGCUGUUCUAGGAAGCCAUGGUGCCGGGAAAGCGACGACUAUCGGCAAUCUCAUCUAUAAGUGUGGAGGUAUCGAUAUGCCAACUCUGGAGAGACUCGAGAAAGGGCGCAACAACGGAUACGCCAGAGCCUUCAACGAGAUCAAGGCGAGGAACGAAAAACUUUACUUCUACACACCCAAUAACAAGAUUACCGUAACGGAAAAUUUAUCUAACGCUGACGGUCUCCUUCUCAUCAUUAUGCCUCAUGAGACAGACAAGCAGCUGCAAGAGAUUGGUGAUCAAUUGAACGGCAUGGCGUCACACAAGAUGGUGGUUCUGGUUAAUAAGCUGGACGAAGUCGAUUGGUCUGAAGAUGCGUUCACAGAUUCGGUCCGAGUCACCAAUGCCGUGCUUCAGAGCCUUGGAGUUUCCAAAGAACAGUAUGAUACACGUCGCUGA